AUGGCGCCCAUCUCGAAGUUGAUAACUUGGGGCUCUAUGCUAGCCCUCGCUCAAUCUACCAGGAUAGAGCGCCGAUGGAACAACUCGAUCGGACUCACUCCACACAUGGGCUGGAGUAGCUGGAAUGUCGCCCAAUGUGACUCUGCAUCUGAGGAAUACGCCUUAGACACCGCAAACCAGUUUAUCGAGUUGGGUUUGAAAGACCUCGGAUAUACCUACAUCAACAUUGACGACUGCUGGUCAACCGAAGAAAGAGAUGCGGCAGGCAACCUUGUUCCUGACCCUACCAAAUGGCCCAACGGUAUCCGUGCUGUCGUAGAUCAAAUCCACGACCUGGGGAUGAAAUUUGGUCUGUACGGGUGCGCCGGUGAGAUGACGUGCGCCAGCUACCCCGGUUCCCAGGGCCAUGAGGUGCAGGAUGCGCAGCUCCUAGCCUCCUGGGAUAUUGACUUUUGGAAGCACGAUAACUGUUUCACCCCAUGCACCACUGAGCCGCCGCCCCAGACCUGCUGGGAGGGCUCUGUGGACACCAGGCCGUGGUAUGUGACGAUGCAUGAUGCGCUCCAGAGUGUGUCUAGUACGAAGGAGAUCUUGUUCAAUAUCUGCCAGUGGGGUAGGAAUGAGGUCUGGACUUGGGGUGCUCCGUUGGGCCACUCCUGGCGCAUCGAGGGCGACAACUGGGGAGACUGGGAAUCGGUGGUCAGAAUCGGUGCCAGGGCAUCGGAGAUCCCUGAGUUUUCCGGUCCCGGGGGCUUCAAUGACCUUGAUAUGCUGUUUGUGGGCAAUGGCGUCCUGACGGAGGCCCAAGAACGACUGCACUUUGGACUCUGGGCAAUUGCAAAGUCGCCUCUCGUCAUUGGCGCUGACCUGAAUACCAUUCCGGAGACAUCGCUGGCUAUCCUGACCAACAAGGAUAUUAUUGACAUCAAUCAAGACGAACUUGGCAUCGCUGCAGGGAUCUUCCAGCCGGCAGACGCCCCAGAACCGGUGGCUGGCGAAAUAUAUCCAUACUGGGCCGGGUCAUUAAGCGACGGCGCGGUGAUUGCAUUCGCUGCGGCCAGCGGCGGAGGGGAAUUCUCUGUUGACUUUGUCGAUGUACCAGGACUGCAGGCGGGCCCAUAUGGGUGGAAGGAGCUGUAUUCUGGAGAGAGUGGCACGGGCGAGGGCAUCACUUUCACUGUGGCAGACGACGACAUUGCUAUCUUCAAGGUCACGACUACUUGA